AUGAGCGACAAUUGCGACCAAACGCCUGAAGGCGUGACUUCAGGCCAACAAACGGUUCCCAUUCUGAGUGAAGACAACGCUUUAGACGUUGAACUCGUGGCCGACGACACCGACGAAGAAUUUGAAGAAUUUUGGAGAGCGGCUCAAGUUAUUGAAGUGAAUGGCGAGAGACAUACCAUCGUAUCGCCAGCACUGGAUCCCGAAUCAGGAAAACUACUUCUUGUGGUUCGAAGCGAAAGCGGGGAUCAGAUCGCCCUCUCAGCCGAAACGCUGCACGCGAUGGCUAUGAAAUCGCGCGAAGACAACAUUCAGGAGUCAGUUGUCUCCCAAUCGGACGAAACGGCUCUCACUCUGGCGUCGGAUAUGACUUCUCUCACGCAAUCGGUUUCCACAUCGGAAUUGAGUCAAAUGUCUUCAACAUCUUUGGCUGCUUUGCCACCGAUUCAGAUGCGAACUGCGGCCACAAAUGUGGUCCAGUCUAUGGACGCACCCAUUGUGUCUGAAGAGGAAUACCACUCCAUCACAACUACCCCUCCUUUCAGACCAGAAUCAGAUGCAAACUCUUCGGCCGACAUGUAUUUCAACUAAUCCUUUAAAUCCGGCAAUGAAUCAGAAGAAGCGGUUGAAGUGAAGGAAACGACAAAAACAAUAUUUCAA